GCGCUACCAAUACUCACCCUCACAUCGCGAGAACCUUGGAACGCACAGGUCAUAGAUCUGCCCACCCUCCAACUAGCCCACGCCACCGCAAUAACGUCACAAUGAGCGGUAAAGUGUACUGCAUCACCGGCACCAAUCGUGGCCUUGGCCUGGAAUUCGUACGGCAGAUCGCUGCGACAAGUUCCAACACUAUCAUAGCGACGGUCCGUAAUAAUUCCGCGGACCUAGGCGACCUCAAAUCCGCAGCCUCACCCUCGACCCAUAUCCUGGUUUGCGACACCAGCGACCCGGACUCCAUUGCUUCCUUCGCGCCUGAAGCGGCCUCGAUCCUAGGCGGCCGCAAGAUCGACUUCCUCCUGCACGUGGCAGGCGUGAACGCCCACUCGGAGCAGACCAGCCUGUCGGUGACCGCAGACGCGCUCCACACCAACCUGCAGGUCAACGUCUUCGGGCCCGCGAGGACGACGCAGCUGCUCGUGGGCAGCGGGCUGCUGAGCCCCGGCGUGCGGGUCCUCAACAUGACGUCCGGGCUCGGGAGCCUGAGCAGGUCCGAGGGGAUAUCGCCCCGCAAGUGCCUGCCCUACAGCAUCUCCAAGGCAGGGGUCAACAUGCUCACGGUGCACCAGGCCGAGGAGCUGCGGACGGCGGGGCUGCCCGGCGCCGUGGUGCUGGCGGUGGACCCCGGGUGGGUCAAGACGCGGAUGGGCGGGGAUGGCGCGGUGCUGGAGCCGGAGGAGAGUAUCUCUGGCGUGUUAAAAGUCCUGCACGGCGCGAAGUCCGAAGAUAAUGGAAGGUUCUAUACCUUCGACGGUUCGGAAGUGCCAUGGUAG